UAUCCGCAAUCAUCAUGAAGUUCGCUGUUACCGUGUUGUCGGUGUUCGCCGUGCUUAUUGCGUCGGCCAGUGCCCAGAAUGAAAAAGUUGACCAGGCAAAGGAAAUGCUGCGCGGUUUAGCCGCCGAGUGCAAGACGAAGGAGGGAGCCAGUGACGCAGACUUGGAAGUGUUUAUCAACGAUGAACCACUGGCGACGCCGCAACAGAAAUGUUUGGCCGCUUGCCUGAUGGAACAGUUCGGUGCAUCGGACGGCAAAUCCUUCCAGGAGGCCGGGUUCAUCGAGGUUGGCAAAAUGUACCUAAAGGAUGACUCCGCCAAGAUAGAACUCCUAACGCAGAUUGCUGCCGACUGCAAGCAAGUAGCGAACGCGGACCGCUGUGAGCUGGCUGUGCAGAUUUCAACCUGCCUCAAGGAUUCGGCCGCGAAACACGGCAUGGCGUUCAAACACUAAAUUCGAUCAACACUCCGGAACUGGAACGAUCCUCCCAUCUGCGCAUCGUACUGCAGAGCACACUGUUCACAGAACGAAGAACGUAAAUCAGGAAAAAUGUUUGUCCAUUAAUAAGAAAACCAUCAACAUAUGAGAUGUGCAACGAACUAGUGCCUUUUAAAUAAUACAAAUCUCAACAGAA